GCUGCAGGUAAGUCUCAUUUGUGUUGUUUGUUGACGAAAUCGUUUAAAUGGCUCUCGGAUGGAUUUUUCUUAUCAUUAUCGUGGACUUUGUUUCUCUCGCCGCCCCCCAGCGCAACGAAACCUCCAUAAAAUGCCCCCGCAAGCACGACUGCGUGCCGCUCACCUCCUGCAACAUCACCGACGCCGACGCCUUCAUCUACCCCUGUCACAGUGGGCUCAACUUCAUCUGCUGCCCCUGGGGCUUGUACACCAACACCACCCUCGAGAACCGCAAGACGUCGCAAUUCCCGGUGACUUGCGGGCUUGUCAUGACCGCUGACAAGAUCAGCGGUGGUAAGAAGGCGGACUUGGGGCAGUUCCCGUGGAUGGCCCUACUGGGCUACAGACAAUCGGGCCUCGACUACACGCAGUUCUUGUGUGGGGGCAGCCUCGUCACGGAAACCUACGUGAUGACGGCGGCGCACUGCAUCCACCUGGAUCGAAGACUAGAACUGAUUGUGGUGAGGUUAGGAGAGCACGAUUUGUUGAAGGAGAAGGAUUGUUAUACGGUGAGGGACUACGAGAUGUGCGCGGAACCCCAUGUGGAUGUUUUGAUACAAAGAGUGGAGAUUCAUCCGAGGUACGACGAGGAGAACUUGCACAAUGAUAUUGCUCUGAUUAGGGUGAAAAGAAGAAUUCAGUUUACAAAUUAUAUACAGCCGAUUUGUCUACCUUUUGAGAGGAAUUUGGAAGCGAAAGAUCUGACCAAACAAAAACUGACAGUGAGUGGGUGGGGUAAAACCAGUGCGGUGAACGUGGGGGGUUCUACUACCCUUCAGUACGCGUUGGUGACGGUUUGGAACCAAAGCACGUGUGCUAAAAGUGUCCCUCCGGACGUACAACCCAUCACGGGUACCCAACUUUGUGCCAAUGGACCGUCCGCAGAAGACGCCUGUAAAGGUGACAGCGGAGGACCUCUAGUUAACGCAACCCUGGAUGGCAGAGGCGAUUUACGCUACUUCCAAAUCGGGAUAGUCUCUUUCGCUUCCACUCUGACCUGUGGAAACCCGAGCCUCCCCACUGUGUACACACGAGUAGACAAAUAUCUACAGUGGCUAGAAGAAACAAUUUUUUAAGACUGAUUGUUAUUUCUUUAUUUUUUUUUAAUAUAUUGUGUUGGGUUUAA